UCAAAGUCAUACCAAGUAUGCCUCGCCGUCGUCCAUCCGGCAAGAGCAGUUCUCGCUCGAAGCCGCGGCCAGUGGAUCGCAAGGAAAGCAAAAUAAAACGGUGGAAUAAGGCUUCUGAUAUUGAGUUAGACGAAGAGGACCAAUUCCAUGCAUCCAGGGAUAAAAUCCUUUUGAAUGGGGACGGAGAUGUUCAGGAUGAUGAUGAGGAUGAAGACGAAGUUUUUGCUCUUGAAGGCGUAUCAGACGAGGAUGAGGAUGAAGAGGAUGAGGACGGAGUCGAGUAUGCUGAAGAUGAAGACGUCGACGAAGACCAAGUCGUCACCAAGAGCAAAACAAAAGCCAAAACAAAAACCAAGUCGAAGAAGGCAUCAUCUCCUUCAGAUACAGGCUCGGAGGACGAAUCCUGGGGUCAAAGCAAGUCAGCGUAUUACUCCUCUAAUGCUGCCCAAAUCGACUCGGAAGACGAGGAGGCAAAUGAACUGGAGGAACAGGAAGCCCGCAGACUGCAGGUGAAGGCUCGGGACGCUAUUCAUGAGGAUGACUUUGGAUUGGGUGAAGGUCUCGAAGCAGAAACCGAUGCUGAGGCUGACGAUUCAUUGGAGGACCAAUCACAUCCUACAAUUAACGUAUCCUUGAAUGACAAGAAGGCCGUCUUGCAACACCUGGAAAGAGAAAAUCCUGAAGCUCUUGCUUUAGCCCGUGACUGGGAUGAUACCGCUCGUAAUCUCAUCGAAAUACAAGCGAAAAUUGCUGCAACAUCGGAGAAAGAAACCGACGGAAUUGAACUCGGACUUCUGCACGUAUACUAUCAGGCUCUUCUGACCUAUGCUACUACACUCGCGUAUUAUCUUCACCUGCGCUCCUCGGAGAAAUACGCAGGCCGUCCUCUACUCCUGAGACAGCACCCGGUCCUGAAUCGUCUGCUCACUCUCAAGCAAUCACUUGUUACACUAGAAAAUUUGGGCGUUGGGACCGACUCGCAGGACGAAGAUGACGAAGAUGAAGAUGACGAGGACGGCGAACUUGGAUUUGAUGCACCUGACUUGUGGAGCGUCCUGAUGACAAACGAUCUCGAAUCUGAUGAGCUUACAGAUCUGCUGAUGGACGCCGAUGAUAAACCGAGCAAGGCACCCAAGGGAGACAAGAUCGAAGCUAAGCCUCCUAAGAAAAAACGCAAGACCUCCGAUGAUAAAAAAGGACAGCCAAUCUUCGACCUCGUCGAGCCAGACUUUGAGGCCGCCUCGACUUCCGCCAAGAAGAAGCGUUCGGCCCCCGUUGACGCCAAUAGUACAGACGCAUUCGGCGAAGCAACGUUCCUACAACACGCUGACGCCACGGACAAACAGGCGCACAAGAAGAGCUUACGUUUCCAUGUGUCACGCAUUGAAAAUGCUAGUGCGAGGCGCCAGAACGCUCGCGUCAAUGCAGUGGGCGGCGAUGACGAUAUACCUUACCGCGAACGGAGGAAAGAAAAGGAGCAGAGAAUGGAGAAAGAGCGGCAGCGAAAAGCCGGAACACUGGGGAUGGGCGGAGAUGACCUGGAUGAUCUGGAUCCCGAAAAUGCUGAUGCAAGCAGCAGCAGCAAAAAGAGACGGAGAGAUGUUGAUGUUGAGGACGACGAUAAUAGCGACACGGCGGAAGGAUACGGUUAUUACGAGCUCGUCAAGCGACAAGCCGCGGAGAAGAAGAGCAAGAAAAAGAUCGACUAUGAGGAGGCUCGGUCGGCCGAGAGACUUGUACUUGGUGAAGAUGAGGCAUCUGGCCCGCGCUCAGUCACGCGGGCCAUCAUGAAAAAUAAGGGACUAACGCCGCAUAGAUCCAAGAGUGUGCGCAAUCCUCGGGUCAAAAAACGCCAAAAAUACGAGCAAGCCAAAAAGAGGGUAUCAUCGCAGCGUGCAGUCUACAAGGGUGGUAUCGGCGAUGCCUCAAAGUAUACUGGCGAGCAGUCUGGUAUAUCCAAAGUUAUCAAGAGCGUCCGCCUGGGAUAAAGGGUAUCACUAUCUGGAGUAUAUCCUGCUACAGAACAUCGAAGUAUUUAGACAACAUGGUGAAACCAAACGGCAGUCUCGAAUAACUACAUAAUGGAAAAAAUGUUAGUCCAUAUGGAUGCAGGAAGUGCUGGGAGGAGAGUAAA